AUGGCUGAUAGUGGAACGGUAAAAUUGGUAAGCAAGGAAGGAGACGUCCAUGAAGUCCCCAUUUCGGUAGCCAAAAUGUCGACAUUGGUUGCCACCAGCAUUGACGAUGACGACGAUGAAGACGACGACGAAGUCCGUGAGAUUCCUUUGCCCAAUGUGAAGGACGCCGUCUUGCAAAAGGUCAUUGACUACUGUACACACUACAACAAGGAACCCAUGACGGCCAUUCAAACACCAUUGAAAUCCAACAAGAUAGAAGAUAUGGUCCAACCAUGGUACUCGAAUUUUGUGCAAGUCGAACAAAAUUUAUUGUUUGAGUUGGUGACUGCGGCCAAUUUUAUGGAUAUCAAGCCAUUGCUGGACUUGACUUGUCUGGCCGUGGCAGUCUUGAUCAAGGGGAAACAAGCCAGCGAACUCCGAGCAAUGUUCAACAUUAGCAACGAGUUUACUCCGGAAGAAGAAGCACAAGUACGAGAGGAAAACAAGUGGGCGGAAAAUCAAGAGUCAUAA